AUGCCUUUUUGCACUGUAGUCCUGCUAAGGCCCCAGGAGAUCCUGAAAACAAAGAGAGAAAUGAGGGCACUGGAGGAGGCCCUUUCGGCUCUAGCUGAUCUAUCAAGUCACUGGCUGAAGCCUGCCAGAGAGCAUGGGCUGGUGAGCUUACCUGUGGUAUUGCCGAAGGUCCACGUAAGAGCCUGCCUAGGUCCGGCCGGCUGCUCGUUCCAGGGCAGGCAGGUAACCCCGAGGCACCUCGUGUGUCACACUCUGCCCGCCUGCUUUAAUUGCACUUUUUGGUGGCUCACGCUGCACAAAGAACUAGGGUGUCUGGAUCUGGCCAUUGAUGGAUUUCUAAAAACCGAUGAAAGACAAAGACUGGCAAAGGAGAGAAGAGAAGAAAGGGAGAAAUACCUUGCUGCUAGGGAACAGCAGAUACUGGAGAAGGAGAGAAGAGCAAAACUUCAAUAUGAAAAGCAAAUGGAGGAGCGAUGGAGAAGACUGGAGGAACAGAGGCAGAGAGAGGAGCAGAAGAGAGCAGCUGUUGAAGAAAAACGGAGACAAAAGCUUAAAGAGGAGGAGGAACGUUUAGAAGCCAUGAUGCGUCGGUCCCUUGAACGCAGCCAGCAGCUGGAACAGAAGCAGAAGCGAUGGUCGUGGGGAGGAGCACUGGCUGCAGGCUCAGGAGGGAGAGACGGUGAAUCAGAAAAUACCCCACCCCCUGUUCUAGGUUUAGCUGCCAACACCCUUCCUCCAGACCCUGUGACCUCUACUGCUCCUGCUGAUUCCUUCAAUGCAUGUGACAAACUUUCAGCUUCUACAAUGAAUCUGCCAAAGCAAAUGGAAUCGCCAAUCAGUAAGCGCCUCUCCUCCUCCACAGCGGCAAUAACACAUUCCCCCGACAGAGCACCAGCUAGUCCUCUUAAAUCUCCCUACAAGCCUUCCCCCACCCGAAGCACUGACAGAAAGAAGGCAACUUCACCCUCCACUUCUGAUGCCAUGAAAGGGGCGGCUGAGGUUACUCAGACUGAGAAGAUAAAGAAAGAGAAGCGAACUGCAACACCUGGUUCAUCUUCUGGGAUGGGAUCUCCUCUAAGAAGAUCUGAUUCUCCUGCUGCUGUGUCCAGAAGAUCUGCAUCACCUGCGACACCUAAGACAGUUGCAAAGACAUAUCCUCAGUCUCCUAAAAAUGCCAAACAAUAUCCAGCUUCUCCUGUGAAGCAUCGUGCUACUUCUCUCAACCAGGAAACUCCUAAAAAGAAAGCAGACAAGGAGAAAGAAAAUGUCAGUCAUCAGAAAUCCUCGGGAGCACGCACUGAGGAGGCAGGUCAGGUGGCUUCUGAGAAGCCCAUGGCUUCUGCAGGAAAGACUGAAAAUAGUGAAGGGAAGAUCACUGCAGGAACAACGGAUGCAGAAGAAGCUUCAAAAAUUCUAGCUGAAAAAAGACGACAGGCCCGCCUGCAAAAAGAACAAGAAGAAAGGGAAAGACAGGAAAGAGAAGAACGUGAGAGGCUUGAAAGAGAAGAACAGAAAAGAAAGGCAGAAGAAGAAAGACUUCGUCUAGAGGAAGAGGCUCGUAAGAAGGAGGAGGAAAGAAAACGUGAAGAAGCAGCAGCUAGAAAAAAGGCAGAAGAGGAAGCCAGGAGAAGAGCUGAGGAAGAACAAAUGCUAAAAGAAAAGCAAGAAAAAGAGCUCCAAGCCAAACUUGAGAAACAGAGGGAAGAAGCAGAAAUCAAAGCCCGUGAGGCAGCUGAACAACUUCGUCUUGAAAGGGAACAAAUCAUGCAGCAAAUUGAGCAAGAAAGACUGGAGCGGAAGAAGAGAAUAGAUGAAAUAAUGAAGAGAACAAGGAGGAGUGAAACACCAGAAAUAAAGAAGGAAGAGCCAAAACUGGAGGUACCAUCAACUUUGAAUGUGGAAAAGCAACCAAAGACCCUUGUUCUUAACCAGCCAGACAUCAAUGGAUUGGCAACCUGCCUGAAAAAUACAAGCUUGGAAAGUGCUGCUCCUGUAAUCCCUUCCCAAGAUGUAGUCGCUAAUGGACUAAAGUCAGUUCCAGGACUUAUCCAGCUGGAAGCUGUUGAUGGGAAAUCUAACAGCAUGGAAGAUUCAACAGAUGAGGUUCAGUCCAUGGAUGUGAGCCCAGUUUCAAAAGAAGAACUUAUCUCUAUCCCCGAAUAUUCACCCAUGAAUGAACUCAUGCCCGGUGUGUCUUUGGACCAAAAUGGGACAAGUAAUGCCAAGGCUCUUGAAGAUCUCUUGGAUUUCACAGGCCAAGCUACGUACUCCAAGAUGUCCAGUGAUACCAUUAGCCUGGAUGACUGUAACAAAAACUUGAUUGAGGGAUUUAAUAGUCCAGGACAGGAAAAUACACUUAAUUCUAUCUGUUGACAACCUUGCUUUUCAGCAGAACAGAUAAAGAGGUAGCAAUUCGUGGCGGAUAUAUCCCUGUGAUGCUACUGGCAGUAAAAUAUGAGCUUGUCACCUGAAAAAAAGCUUCUGCAGUCCUUGAACACUGGAUUUCAAAUAAUCAGAGCUGAAUAUAACUUUGUCUUUCCAGGGAAUAUGUUGAAUAACUGGCUGCUUUUGGUAGAAACUGAUGAUCUAGAGCCUUGAUGGUUUCAGGGAAGACUGUACAUUAGAAUUUGAGCUUUAGCUGCUAAUAAAGCACUUAUUUCUUCUUUUAAUUUAAAAUUCAUCUCAACACUUCACUGUGAUUUUUACCUGUGCAUUUUGUUUUGAAAUAAUUCUUCCUUAAGCUUUAUCAUACAUCCAUUUAGACAUCUUUUUCUUGUAAAUAAUGAUGAUGUUUGCCCACAGUGCAUUGAAAUGAAAUAAUAUACUGUACUUUAGUUUUGUGCCUAUCUUUUUUUUGUCUUUAAUAAGGAGUUACUGGCAACUUUUAUGCAGGUGUAUUACUUCAAAACUAUAGCUGAAGAGGCUUGAAAAAUAU